AUGAGCGUCCAAGUUUUGGAGCAAAAGAAGAUGCUGCUCCCCUAUCUGGACAAGAUCGAAUAUAUCAACUGCCAGCUACGACAGCGUGGGCUUUUGCCAGCUGAAGAGAAAGCUCUGCCUCCUACACGGUCUCUUCCUGCUGCACUAGCCACGCGGAACCAGGAUGAACAGGAUACUGAUAAAAACACCACUGCUAAUACUGCUUCAGUCAAGGUUUCGACUAGGAUGCUGCAGAUGCGAUAUCCACGAUUCUUCGAGAUGGCGCAAGCCAACAAGCAACAAACCGUGCUGCCCAGACAACGCGGUAUCAAUUGGCUCCUUCGAAUGAUCGAGGUAGUCUAUAAUGCUCUGGCUGACAUCUUACUUCUGAAAACCGGGAGCGACAGAUCGGAGACGGAGCUUUCGUCCUCGGAUAUGUGGGUGAAACCAAAUAGUGGCUCACAGAGUCGUCUGGCCACUCCAGGCUGGCUAGCCAUGCCAUUCUUCACUCGAAGGUUUAUCCACCAUUCGCUGGGUCUGCCUGAAUUAGCCGACCAAGAGUGUUUGGAUCUCAUGUAUAACAUCGAGCUCACACGCGAACUGUACCCGCAAGUGUCUUUGUUUGCUUCAUUUCUUAGAGAGAUCUACGACGAGGACACACUGCUCUUCUUCUUGUUUGUACGGAGUCAAUUACAAGACGAGUUUGAUCUGGAUCUAGCAGCUAAGGAGAAGCAAGCCCAUUCCUCAAGAGCGAGUGGGUCCAAGAAGUACAUCACAGCAAAUAUGAUAGAACUACGCAAUCACCCGUUAAUUCCAGACGGAACCAAGCAGGUUUUCCUCUCUAGUGCAGCGUGCGAAGGCGUCCUGUUGCGCGUAUUCGAGUCUGCAAGACGUCUCCGCUACGCCCAAGCAUCGAAACUGGCAGCCCCCAUUGCACUGGCUCGAUACAUUGUCCGUGAGCCGAUAGUAAGUCGACUUCAAGCUGAUACCUGCCACUUUACAGUAUCUGCAGAAGUAUUCUUAACGACAUUGGUUAAGAUGUUUGAAGAAGUUGCUGAAGACAUUCUAGCACAGUUUAAAUUCAACGACGACGGCGAGUCCCUGUCGAAUUUGAUCCGCCUUCGGGAUACCAUCACGUUGGACUCGAAAGUCGAGAAGUUUGUGGCUCUGUACGCUGAGCAGGAGAGAGCUCUACGCAACCAGAAGAUCGAGUUGAUGAAGAUGGAACGCAGUAAUACCGAACACCAGUUUCGAGUUCAGAUUCGUCUACUGCAGAAUCAGAUUCGUCUACAGGAACAAGAACUUCAACAUGUUCAGAAAAAGAUCGCGGAUGGGGAAAACCAGGUAAAUAACGUUUGGAACGACGUGAUUGCCGCUAAAGCUUCGUCAAAUAAGGCAACUGUGCAACGUACUAGUGGCGAUUCUUUGUCUUCGAAAGCGCUUAUCUCCGUUCUUGGUCGAUUUGAAGCGCAAAUUGGAAGACUGGAGAAGAAACACGACAUUGCAGUGAAGGCGUCGAUGUUGUUGGCUGUCCCCUGGCAACAGCAGAUGGACGAAUUGCGUCUACGUAUGGUGAUCCGAAUCCAACGCGCCUAUCGAGCUCGAAAGCGUCCGCAAGAAACGAAGCGAAGAGCUCGUGAUAAACUGUCGGCGCAGAUCCGAGAACGAGAGAUCAAGAUGAAAAACCAGGAGCUGGAACGCAAACGACUUGACGCUCUGCGUGAGAAAGGUAUGGAGCGUCAUCAGCAGCGUUUGAAGGCGAGGAAAGAACAAGAAGACAAGCAGAAACGAGACCUCGAAGAAAAGCAAAAGAAGGUGGUUAAAAGGGCUCGAGAAGAAGAGGCCACACAACGCGCUGUCGCAAUGAAGAAGAAAGAGUUAGUUCAUGUCAUGACUCGGUGGAAUUUGUUUGUGAUACGGAAGAAGAACCGACGAAAGGCCCACCUUUUGUUCUUGAAAUUCAAGCUCAUGAAGUGGAAAUUACACCUGACUCAACACAAGCAAAUGACACGAGCAGCAAGGACGAUUCAGCGUUUCAUUCACAGACGACAAGAGCAAAAACAGCUUCGAAAACUGAUAAAUGUGCGCGUGAAGCGAACAAAAAUGGCCAAAAGGUAUCUACUGAAGGUCCAGUCACGAAUGACGAACCGAUUGUUCAACCACUGGGCAGCUUUCACUAUUGAACAGCAGAAACUUCGAGAAAACUUUGCAGCAAUAAUCCAGCGUCGAGAAGGUCACUGGUUCCAGCAGUGGGCUGGUUUUGUUGACAUGAUGAAGACUCGGAAGCUUGAGGCAGCAAUUUUGAUUCAACGACAGUAUAGAGGGCGAGUGGCACGUCAAGUGUUCAAGUAUCAAAGGGAUCGACACCGUAAAGCAGUCGCCAUCAAGCGAGUGUAUCGAGGGUAUCGAGGUCGAGUCAUAGCGAGAAAGAGACGGCAGAUUAAAGCCACACAGGACAAAGGAGUGGAGGUUAUCUUACGUCGUGUUCGAUACCGAGAGGCGGGUUUGUGCUUCGACAUGAUCGUCCGCUACACGUACUGGGAACGUCGCAUCAAGGAGAUGACUCAAGCUCGAAAUAUUGCUUUGGAAAGAGCGGUUCAUCUGGCUUGGAGUGAGUUUGUUACAUUGAAAAAGGAGAAGAGAGCCGAAAGCCUACGCCUCCGUAACCACAGUGCCUCGAUUAUUCAGCGUAAUUUUCGUCGACAUCUUUGUCAAGUGGUCUUCAAAGAGACGUUAAGGAACCACCGAGCAGCAGUCACAAUUCAGCGCGUGUUCCGAGGCUUUCUAGGGCGAAAUGCAGCGCAACGUCGACGUUGGGAAAUGUACGCAGCGACUCAAAUCCAAACAGUAUGGAGGAGACACAAGGCGACGAAAUACGUUGCCGCUCUGCGGACGGAGAAGAUCCUUUUAGCGACAUACAAAGGCGACUACACGACAGUGAAACGCGCUAUUGCCAAUGGCUUCUGGUACAUCACAGACAACGAAGGCAACAGUAUUCUUCACGUUGCCGCUGUGGCAGGACACAAACGCUUAGUGAAGCUCUGUUUACGCAACUCGUUCGACAUCAAUGGCGUGAAUACUCACAGCCAGACUGCACUGCAUCUGCUGCUUGCCAACCUUUCUCUGUCUAGUGCUGUGUAUGAUGCUAGUGAUGUUAAAGGACGAGACGAACGAGUGGCGCUUGCAGAGUAUAUGAUUGAGCACGGAGCGUGGCAUGAAGCACCGGAUGAAGAAGGGUUUACACCCCUCUUACUAUGUGCUUCUCUAGGUCAAAGUGAGGCUGUGGACAUGCUAUUAAACCAUGGAGCUAACACGGAAGCCAGAACAUCAGGAAGCAACCUGAAUGCGCCUCAUUUAGCAGUUGAAGGCAAUUUUUCCACUACACUUAAGGUCCUCUUGGAGUCUGGCAACUUUGAUACUGGCGAUACUGGCAACACGACCGAGUUUUUGCUCCAUGCUUGCGCUGGACGAGGCUUGAUUGACUGCGUUCGAGUCCUGGUUGAUCAUAUACGACAGCGCCGUGAAGUGUUUGGUUAUGAUGCGCUGAAUCUUUGCGACUCGGAGGGUUACACGCCGUUGAUUUACGCGGUUAGCAACGGAUAUCUCGAUGCUACGGAGUGUUUACUGGAGGCGGAUGCUGGUCCUGAUGUCAAAGAUUACUUCGGACGCUCACCGCUUUAUUUCGCACUCAUUACCGACGAUUCCGCUGCGCGAGAAGCUCUUGUAAACCUCCUUAUCCAGUACGACGCGGAAGUUAAUGUGAAAGACACAGACGGCGAUGCGCCACUGCAUGUGAGCUGCGUGGACGACGUUCGACUGGCGUGUACUCAUCUCUUGCUCACAAAUGGCGCGUUGAUAUGCGCCAAUGCGCUGGGGAACCAUCCAACGCACAUUGCAGCUCGCAACGGAGCAGUCGAUACGCUUAAGUUGCUGAUUGAUUACGGUGGAGAUAUGAACUUGAAGAAUUACGACGGCAAGACGCCGUUGGGUAUGGCUCGUAUGAACGAUCAGGUCGCAGUCGUAGACUUCGUGGCUGCAUACUUCGCGCAGGAAUCGGCACUCAAGAAGAGUGUUGACACCCCCGAACUUCCAGUUGAAGACGAUGACAAUAAUCAGGAAAAUCACGAAAGAUCUGAUAAUCGGAGUGAUGGUCUUCAAGAUGACAAAUUUGACAAUGUUGAAGAUGAAAAUCUCCACAAGAGUCGGACACUUUCCGAGUGGGUUGCCGCCGUCUCGGAGGCGUAUUGUAUGGGUUCUCUUGCGGAGUGGACGCAGUACAUCGACGCAGAGACGGAGGUGCCGUUUUACUAUAGUAUGGGGCCGUCUGGUGAGCACGUGUACACUUGGGAUACCCCCGUAGAGUUUGAUGCUGCUUUGGGCGAAAUCUGGGAGAUCGUUCGUGGUCCCUCGACUGUAGCGGCUCUGGAUGAAGAGCAGGAUCCGUCUUCGACGGACAGUCGGUAUUAUCUGUACCACAACCGAAUGACGGACGAGCUCACGUCCACUAUUCCGCCCAUUAACUACGCGCUCCUGCAAGAUGUAGUACAGAAUUCCAAACGCAUGAGGCUGCUACGUGCUCGUGUGCGAAAAGUAUCAACAGAUGAACUCAGCGCGUCUGCGAUGGAAUACAUGCGUUUCUUCCGCGGGUUUGAAGAGGAUAGCGCUCAAAUGCGCAAGGAAAUGCGUGCUGCGAUCAUGAUCCAGCGCCACUUCCGUGCUCGACGAACGCACUUGCUUAUCAAGGCUUUACUCCAUCAGAAUCGCUGUGCUGUAGACCUCCAACGUGCGUUCAGAGGAAGGAAAGCUCGUCGAGAGGCCAAACUGAAGCGCAAACAGCAACUCGAGGUCGUGAAGAUUCAAGCCCUGUACCGUGGCCAUCUUACCCGCAAACGGGAAGAGCGAGGCCUUCGCUCUCAGCGUCAACUGCAUCUCAAGCGCAGACUCGCUGCACGGGAGAUUCAACGUAUUUUUCGCGGCUGUAAGGGCCGUAAAGCGGGGUACCGUGAGAAGGUGAUCCAAAACCUGGGUCCUAAGAGCUAUUUUGAAUGGGAAGCUCUAAGAAAACGAGCACAAGUGACUCGAUCGUAUAAAGUUUGGGACGAGAUGGAGGUACGAACAGAUUUCCCAGGUGUUCUCUUCUAUUGCCACCGAGUUACACGUGCGUGUGGCUGGGAACAACCUCCGCCUUGGGUCCAACACGACCGUGAAGCCUUUGAAAACCGGUUGCAACUGGUACGCUGGGGAUACACAGAAACGAUGCAACACGCCGCUCAAACACUUCAGAGACUGUGGCGAGCUCGCACUGCACGCAUCUCCUUCCAGCUGGUCCUUCGAGCUGUGAGAUUAAUGAGAACUUGUGAACAAGAGUACCUCGAAGAUCCGAUACAUUUGGCCAAAAUGGGCAAUUAUGUGCUGUAUCUGCACACGAUCACACACGACUAUGAGCGUGCACGACCCCUUUAUGGGAGACUUUUACGGGUCAUGGCACAACGAGGACCAGAUAUCCCAUUCAUCCUAUUCUCGUAUGGUAUUUUCUUGUAUAUCACGCAGGAAGAAGACACGACGGUAGUCGAGGAAAUGAUACUACGUGGUAAUAUAGCGGACCCGACGCUGGUGAAGUACAAAGUGGCGUUUUUAGGCUUCUUCCGACAGGCGAUUCUCCAGAAUCCGGACGAUGCUGAAGCUCAUAUAAACUACGCGGCUUGUGUCCAAUGGCUCUACGAGCAAUACGAUGAAGCCACGACUCAUUACCUUAAAGCACUGGCCUUGGCACCGCAGCGUAAAGGGACUCUUGAGCUGUUCCAGAACAUGUUGGAUAACAAGAGACGUAUUGAACGCUCUAAGCUCACUCCGCGUAGUAAGAAGGCGUUAAAGAAGAAAGAAGACGCUGGAGAGGAAGAACAGUUCGACGCAUUUGCACAAUUCCGACGGUGGCAGGCAAAACAGGCUGAGCAGGAGGACCUAUCACGGAGAAUGGUCCUUCAAGCUGAGCAGGAUUUGGCUGCUCGACAGGCGGCAGCUCGCAAAAUCCAAGCACGAUAUCGUCGUCGGAAUGCUAUGAGGAAAGUAACUCGCCUCCGCCUCGAAUACAAAUUGGCUGCGAUAAAAGCCGAAGAGACUCAACAGCAAGCACUGUACGAUAGAAUUACCGAGGCGUUCGAAGACAUUCUUUCUAGCUCCACGAAGAAGAAAAGGCAGGGAGAUCCUGGCCCUGUCUUAAAUCUUCCGGUCGGUCAGCUUGACGCGGUCUUCAUUUCACUGAAGAUGGAGUUCACUGAAGCUCAGCUGAACGCUGUAAGUGCAAAGUUCCGGAAGGACCAUCCUAAAGUUAAGCAUGUCAACGUCAUGGACAUGUGUCGGUUUAUACAGGCACAACCGCUGCUACAAGAAAGACUGCCGACCAUAUUCCCAUCGACAGUUUCCAAUACGUCGUAG